CCGCGCGGGUCUGGGGAAGGGCUGGUUCUAAGGGCACACGCGGUUCACGGCAGCGAGGGCUCCACGAGCCUCAGCCAGCACCCGGGGUGGCGCCGGGCGUCUGCUGGCACUGGAGGGGAGGUUGGGCCGGAAGGAGGCAGGCACAGGCAGCUGAGGUCCUCCAGCCGCACCGGCAGGCCGAGGGUGACCCUGGGACGAGGCCUAGCCGGGAUGGGCCAACCUCCCCGAGCCGCGCCUAGGGGCCAGGGCCGCCGCCCUCCCCGAGAUCUUUACAGUUCUCGGUGAUGACACCUGCUCAGAACAGCCUCUCAUCCUCCGCGGGCCUGGUCCCAUCCAGGAAUCCUAGCCAAAGCAGUGAGGCCUCGCCCCUCUGGGCCCGAAGAUUAUUUCUUUCCGGGACGCACUCAGAGCCUCCGAGGCUGUCGGGUAGGAAAUUCUCCUUGCAACGUUGGUCCGCCCUUCUUCUCUGAGACCACAAGGAGGUGCUAAGAAAACAUUGAAAAAACAAAACAAAACAACCCACCACAACAACACAGCAAACAACCACGUUCUCCUGCACGCUGCGGAGCCUCAAUAACUUCUAGAAGGAUAGUCAGUUACCUGAGAACUGUGACUGCUGUAGAGGGCAGGUUAGAAUGCUCUCAGCCUUGUCGGAACGAUGUCCAUUUCGCACAAGACAAGGACUAAAUAUUGCAGUCUCCCAGGGGCACCCUCACCCAGACAGUGGCCUUGGUCCCUUUAGUACUGUGAGUCUCACUUGCUGCAGCUGCCCCCAUGUUCUGCAAGAUGCGUGGUGAGCUGCAAGGAGGCAACAAGUCCUGGGUUCAAAUCCUGUCAGGAUCACCGGUCUGCUUGUGCAACCUGGCAUCAUUUCUCCUCUCCUAAAUGAAAGAAACCCAGGAUGUGCUGCCUAAGUGGACCAUCAAUAUGUGAACAAAUAAUAUAAAUUGGAUGAUGGCAGAGAUCUUAUCCCUCUUACUCCCUACAGCUCUCCCUGAGGGGGGAAGCAGUGCCCUCUGUCACUUCAGAACCUGGACAGCGAUGACGUUUGCUGAGGACAAGACUUACGAGUAUAUCCGCCACCAUUACAGCAAUUUUGGUCAUAUUCAUGUUCUGGAGAUUCUGCCUUAUCUGUCCUGCCUCACAAUAAGUGACCAGGACCGACUGCGGGCCUACUACCAGCUCUGGGGGAACCAGGGCACCCUCUGGGAGCUCUUCAACAGCCUUCGGCGGCGGACUGGCUGGGUGGAAUCCUUCAUCAAGGCCCUGAGGAUCUGUGAGCUGGCUGGUCUUGCUGACGAAGUGGCCUCUGUCUACCAGAGCAACCUGCCCGGGGUCCCGAAGAACUGCCCCCCAGCCCCACUGGAGCCACAGUUAGCUCCUGCUGAGGUUCCAGGGCCCUCCACACCUGCCGUGGCCCCCAGCGCCCCCCACAACGGCUACAGAGAGGAGGAGCCAAGUUUCCCCAUGCCUGUCCAGGACACUGAGCCACCAGGGUCCCUAGGAGAGAGUUCAAAGAAAGUCCCACAGACACCCAGUUCUGGGACUGUCCUGAGGAGGCCAGCUGGCCCCCUGGAGCCCUCCUCUGACAUGGCAGCCCUCAGCCCUCUGACCUCCAGUGGGCGUCAGGAGCAGGACACAGAACCAGGCAGUGCCCACAUAGCAGGCAUGGCCUCCAGCCUCACAUCACCCCGUGGGCCUGUGUCUCCAUCUGUCUCCUUCCAGCCACUGACCCGUUCCAUCCCCAGGGCAAGCCGCUUGCCAGGACCCUCAGUAUCAGCUCCGCCUACUGGCAUCUCCUCCUCUUCCCCUGGCUUGGCCUCUUCAGGGGGUGCUGGUGACCAUGGUGAGGCUACCAUCUGCCCUGGGGCUGGGGUGUUGGCCAGCUCAUUGACCACCAGCAUGGCACCCUCCAAAGUGCCUACCAACUCAGCAUUUGAUAGAAUGAUGCCUUCCAAGUUGCCUGCCAGCUCGAAACCCUCCGGUACAAUGUCUACUAACGUGCUCACUAGUCUACCGCCAUCCAAACUGCCUAUCAACUCCACACGUGCUGGCACAGUGGCACCCAAGGUGCCUACUGGCUUGGUGCCUGACCACAGGAUGUCCACAAGCACAGCGCCCAGCAAGGUGCCUGCCAACACAGUGCCCCCCGUCAGGAGCAGCAUAUCCUCAGGGGAGACUCCUCCAGUGGCUCCAGAGCCCACAGGCACCUCCACCAGAGACAGCUUGCCCGAGCCAGACCACAACUCUGCCACCUGGGGCUCCGAGUUGGAGCUGAGCAAGCCUGGCCGGCUGGUCUCCCACAUGGACAGUGAGCCGUUCUCAGGCUGCUCUGCGGACCUGGCCCUCAGCUGCAGCAAGUCCUUGGGCGCAGGGCCUGACAACGCCCCAGAGGAGAAUGAGUACCAGUCAGUGGAUUCCAUUAGGAUCCAAGUGGCCCAGGAUCCCAGCAUUGACCUGGUAGAGAGUAGUCCCGGGCCUCCUGCUGCCCCACAGCCCUCAGUCAAGGACAAGUUUGUCCCGGCCAGAUUCUAUGCUCCAUGGCUUGGGGCAGCUGCAGCUGGGGCUCUCUUCGCCAUGCUCUUGGCUGUGCUGUAUAGGCGGCGCCUGUGAAGCCCCUAGGGCCUCCCUGUCCCGAGUCUGCUCCCUUCCCUGUAGGACAUCUAGCCCAAGCACGGACUGUGCUAUCUCCCCGUCUUGUCCCUUUCAUGGGGCUCGUGGAGCCUGGGCCUGAGGAGAGCCGGGUGGGGGGGGGGGGGGGUUGCACAGACUGAGUGCAGACCAGAUUUCUGUCCCAGCCCGUGCACUCCACAUGUACUCCAGACUUCACACAACCCACAAUCUGGUCUGUGGCCUUUAUUCUCUGGAGGAGGUGAGGUACCCCCAUCCAGACCCUGUUUGCUCAAGUCCACAGAUGAGGUGGUGCUGCUAGAUCAUGCAGGGGGUCAGAACCCUCCCCCUCCCCCCCAUCCUGCCCUGGUGCCUGGUGGCCAGCAGAUGUGCAGGGUGGGGGAUCCCACAGGACCUUGCUCCAGACCCUAAAAGCCCCAGGAACCUAAGGGUGAUCCAUUUCCAGGGACCUGGCUGCUUGAGGUCCCCCAAGAAGCGAGGGAAGUCCAGAGGUUCCCCUGGACCCCUAGGGAACCUAAGGCAGCUGCUAGGCCUGAGGACUGUCUCUGAAGCCCCUCUCCAGUCUCCUCACCCCCAUUUUCCCUUUCCCUCCCUCUGGUCUCCGUGGUCUUUAGCUUGGUGGUGGUGGGGAGGGGGGUUUGGGAAGGAGAGACCUGCCAGGGUAAGCUCAGGCCAAGGUUUGGAUUUCAGCUCCACCCCUUCCUGGGCUGUGUGGCCUUGACAAGAUGAUCAGACUUCUCUGGUCUUGCUUCCCCACAUGGCCAGUGAGUAUCAUGGCUCAUUUCCACUGGGCUCUUCUGAGAUUAAAGCACACAAGUGUUUGUCAAGUGCCUGCAUUCCCCAGAGUAGGUGACUGCUGAUAGCUGCCCCUACCUCUCCCCUGCCAAGCCUGGUAGACAUGAGGGUAUAAGAGGCACAAUGCCCAGUGGGUAAGGGUGCAACUCUGUAGUUUGGGGUGGGGCCUGUACCCCACUCGAACUUUCACUCACUCUGUGCUCUGUCACUGUGCUGUCUAUUAACCUCUCUGUGCCUCAGUUUCCUCAGCUGUAAAAUGAGGAUGAAUAGUAAGAUUUUAUAUGUAUAUAAAAACAAA